AUGGUUGAGCUGCAGUCUAUUUUUAAAAAGGCCUACUGGACCCUUGCGGCCGGUGGUCUGGUCUAUGUGCUAUUUGUCUGUGCGCUGACCUGGCCUGAGGUCCAGCGUUUUGCCCUCUACGCCAAUAAGGUCAACCCCAGCCUCUGGCAGGAUGUGAACCAAGUCGAGCAAUUUGGGUUCCUGGAAUCCCAAGUUCAGCCCUUCCAUUUGGUGACGCCCGACAAUGAGACACUGUACGGCUGGCAUCUGAUUCCCCUGCAUCUCUGCCGCGAGUACGAGCAGGAUUUGAUCGAAAAUCUUCCCAACGGCCCUGCACAGGACUACACGCAGACAGUUGCUUAUAAGAGUCUGGCCAAUGACCCCAAUGCUCGGGUCGUGGUGAGCUUCCAUGGUAAUGCAGCUCAUCUCGGCUCUGCUCAGCGUCCGGCCACGUAUAAUGCCAUGCUGAGCUUGUCUACACCGUCUAACCCAGUUCAUGUCUUUGCAAUUGACUAUCGCGGUUUCGGAGUGUCGACUGGCAGCCCCACUGAAGAAGGCCUGAUUACCGACGGCGUCUCACUCAUCAACUUUUUGACAGCGGGACCCUUGAAGGUUCCCACAUCUCGCAUUGUGAUCAUGGGUCAGAGUUUAGGAACAGCGGUCACAGCGGCGGUGGCUGAGCGCUAUACUUUCGGGUCUCCCGACCGAACUAAGAUCCAACCCGCCAUCAAGGACGCAGAACCAUUUGCAGGUGUGAUUCUGGUAGCGUCUUUCAGCAAUGUCGCGAACGUCAUCGAGUCCUACAGUAUCAAAGGCCUCACGCCUCCGAUGCUAUCGCCAUUGAUCGGAUACCCACGCUUCCAGAAAUGGGUCUUGGGUCACAUUGUGGACCGCUGGGACACGAUGGCAAGACUUCAGCGCCUGACGGGCAUUGUCCCGGAUACCUCUGGCCUGGGACACAAGGAUCUCGAUUUAAGUAUCAUUCACUCCUCAAAUGACAUCGAGAUUCCUUGGUAUGAAGGCCGUCGUAAUUGGGCGGCUGCCACAGGCGAGGAUAUCCAAGAUGCGCCGGGGGGUUUGACUUACGAGAGGACCGAAGCCGGCAAGCCUGUUAGUGAGGUGAAAAUUUGGGAGAACAAAAUUACUGGGAAAGACGGAACCACGGCCUUGAAAAAGGUGCGCUGGGAGCGUGUGCGAUACGGAGGCCAUGACCGCGUUGCGACAUUCUCUGUUGCUGGUCUUGCAGCUCUCAGGGCUUUCGAAAAAUGA